UCAAGUAUUAUUAACUUUCUACUUUCAGGAGUGCUGUUAGAAAUGCUUGUCAGAUGAUUAUGGUCCUUGGUAUUGAGUCUCGGUCAGUAUAUGAAGAAGACUUUGAAAUACCAUUCCUUGAUCAGUCAGCUGAAUUUUAUAAACUGGAGAGUCAAAAGUUUUUGGCUGAAAAUAGUGCAUCUGUAUAUAUUAAAAAAGUAGAGGCUCGAAUUAAUGAGGAAGCAGAAAGAGCAACUCAUUAUUUAGAUAAAUCAACAGAAGAACCUAUUGUAAAAGUACUUGAAGAAGAACUUAUAAGAAAACACAUGAAGACAAUUGUAGAGAUGGAAAAUUCUGGUGUUGUGCACAUGUUAAAAAAUAAUAAAACUGAUGAUUUGGCCUGUAUGUAUAAACUAUUUAUAAGAGUUCCAGAGGGUUUGAAAACAAUGUGUGAUUGUAGCAGUGCCUAUUUGAGAGAACAAGGCAAAGCACUUGUUUCAGAAGAAGGGGAAGAUGGGAAAAACGCAAUAUCCUAUAUUCAAAGCCUCUUGGACCUUAAGGAUAGAUUUGAUCACUUUCUGCACGAGUCUUUCAAUGACGACAAACAGUUUAAACAAGUUAUAUCUGGAGAUUUUGAAUAUUUCAUUAAUUUGAAUACAAGAUCUCCUGAAUAUCUCUCUCUGUUUAUUGAUGAUAAAUUGAAAAAAGGUGUUAAAGGGAUGUCUGAACAAGAAAUAGAAAAUGUACUUGAUAAAAGCAUGGUCCUCUUCCGGUUCUUACAAGAGAAAGAUGUAUUUGAAAGAUAUUAUAAACAACAUUUAGCAAAGCGAUUGCUGCUAAAUAAAAGUGUCUCUGAUGAUUCAGAAAAAAAUAUGAUCUCCAAACUGAAGACGGAAUGUGGUUGCCAGUUCACUUCUAAAUUAGAAGGAAUGUUUAAAGAUAUGACAGUCUCUAACAGUACAAUGGAAGAAUUUAAAAGUUUUUUGCAACAGUCAGGUGUAAGUAAAAUAUUGACUGUUUGGAUGUUUUCUUGUUUAAGCAUUUGGGAGGUAGUUUCUAUCACUAGUUUUAGUAAUUACUCCAUUUCAUUUAUUUUUCUGUGCAUUAAUUGGUAAAAUGAGAGUCUACCC